AUGGGUGAGUGGGACGUGCUGAGCCGCCUGCUGGAUAAAGUGCAGAGCAACUCCACAGUGAUCGGCAAGGUCUGGCUCACCGUGCUGUUCGUCUUCCGCAUCAUGGUCCUGCACACUGGUGCUGAGAAGGUGUGGGGAGAUGAGCAGUCUGACUUUGUGUGCAACACUCAGCAGCCCGGCUGUGAGAACGUCUGCUACGACCUCGCCUUCCCCAUCUCCCACGUCCGCUUUUGGGUUCUUCAGAUUAUCGCUAUAGCGACUCCACAGCUGCUGUACCUCGGUCACGUCCUUCAUGUGCUCCACGCUGAAAAGAAGAUGAAAGAGAGGAUGAAGAAGCACGCAGAGGUGGACGACCAAGCUACUCUGUUCCUCAGGAAGGCCUACAAAGUUCCCAAGUACACCAAAAGCAACGGCAUCAUCAGCAUCCGUGGCCGCCUCCUUCGCAGCUACGUCCUCCAUCUCGUGGCCAAGAUUGCGCUGGAAGUUUUGUUCAUCUGGGGUCAGUACUUUCUGUACGGCUUCACCCUGGAGAGCCGCUACGUCUGCGCCCGCUCCCCCUGCCCUCACAAGGUGGACUGCUUCCUAUCCAGGCCCACAGAGAAGUCGGUCAUCAUCUGGUUCAUGCUGGUGGCAGCAGUCGUCUCCCUCGUCCUCAGCCUGGUCGAGCUGUUCUAUCUGUUUGUGAAAGCUGUGAAGGAGUGCCUGGCAAGGAGGCAGGACUACACCGUGACCCCUGUGACACCUCCACUUUCGGAAAAGAAAGCUUUCAAAAGCAGGGACGAGAAGAUCCAGAAUUAUGUCAACAUGGAGCUGGAGCUGCAAGGACGAAAGUUAGGGGUGAACGGGAUCACGGGAGGGGUCAGUGAGGUUGCUAAAAAUAUAUCGUCUGAAAACAACAGCACAGGGGAGGUCCACAUCUGA